GUCUUGAGGAAUGCAGUCGGCCCCCUGGGAAAGUACAUAUCUGGGAGGCGCUCCCUGCCCGCCGCUCGCACUCCGCCGCCGCCCCGGCCCGCACCGCCCGGCCCCGCCGCCCGCCGGCAGCUCCGCGGGGCCGCCUCUGGCACUGCUCGGCCUCGGGCUCCCGCUCAACUCCCACCCGUCCCGGUGCUGCUCCAGCUUUUCUUUCGGGUGCACUUCGCGCGGGGACGCGCCCUAGCCUACCGCCACCAUGGAUGCCAUCAAGAAGAAGAUGCAGAUGCUUAAACUGGACAAGGAGAAUGCCUUGGACAGAGCAGAGCAAGCCGAAGCGGACAAGAAAGCAGCGGAGGAGAGGAGCAAGCAGUUAGAGGAUGACAUUGUGCAAUUGGAAAAGCAAUUGCAUGUGACGGAGGAUACGAGGGACCAAGUGCUGGAAGAGCUACACAAGUCCGAGGAUAGCCUCCUCUCCGCAGAGGAGAAUGCUGCCAAGGCUGAGAGUGAAGUAGCUUCUCUGAACAGACGCAUCCAGCUGGUUGAGGAAGAGUUGGAUCGGGCUCAGGAGCGCUUGGCUACUGCCCUGCAGAAGCUUGAGGAGGCUGAGAAGGCUGCAGAUGAGAGUGAAAGAGGAAUGAAAGUUAUUGAAAAUAGAGCCCAGAAGGAUGAAGAGAAGAUGGAAAUCCAAGAGAUCCAGCUUAAAGAAGCUAAGCACAUUGCUGAAGAGGCUGACCGCAAGUAUGAAGAGGUAGCUCGUAAGCUUGUGAUCAUCGAGAGUGACCUGGAGCGAGCUGAGGAACGUGCUGAACUAUCGGAAAGCCAAGUCCGACAGCUGGAAGAACAGUUAAGAAUAAUGGAUCAAACCUUGAAAGCAUUAAUGGCUGCAGAGGAUAAGUACUCACAGAAGGAAGACAAAUAUGAGGAGGAGAUUAAAGUCCUGACUGACAAACUGAAGGAGGCUGAGACCCGUGCUGAAUUUGCUGAGAGGUCAGUAACCAAGCUGGAGAAGAGCAUUGAUGACCUAGAAGAGAAAGUGGCGCAUGCCAAAGAAGAAAACCUUAAUAUGCAUCAGAUGCUGGAUCAAACUUUACUGGAGUUAAACAACAUGUGAAAACCUUCUUAGCAGCAACCACAUUAUUUGUUAUAUUAUUUUUACACCUGCUUGCCGCGAAGCCCCAUAAACAUGUCGUUAUUUUAGUUUCACCACAGUCACAAGAACAUCAGCUAAAUUAUCAGGCAGGGGUCAGGGAAACACCAAAAUGGGCAAGCCAUAUGCGGGUUAAGCUAAUACGUUAUGGUUUAAAUGUGCCAUUUCCCAACAAAAUGUUACCUACACUGUGUAGAGAGUUCAGUAAUUUGAUGUGCUUCAUCUUUUGGAGGACCCUGGCUGUCUGAAAGUGUCCCACCUCAAGUGCCACCACAACUUUUAACAAGAAUGAUGAUACAUAUUCAAAAGAGAUUAAGUGGAAAUGGUGCUAUUUUCAACAAAAGGUUUUACUAAAGUCUUUUGUGUGAUACCGGAUAAGUCAGGAGUAGUCCAGCAUAGUAAUAUAUUUUUAUCAGAAUUUUACUGAUCUGUGAUGAUUUGGACUUUCUGUGCCUUCUAAUUCAAUAAAACAAAGGUUAUGUAAGCAGCAACAAAAAGCAGAGGCUUAUGAAGGUUUUAAAUUAUGUAUUUCCGACUCAUUACAGAAGUGUAGGUCAACAUUUCACCUUGAGUAUUCAUUCGAUUGUAUUUUUCAUGUUGAAAUGAAAGAUUCAAUAAAUUCAGGAGAAAACAAAUUUGGAAGAGAUUGUUUUAAAAUGUAUUUUAUUUGUGUGGAGCUUGGGGAGGGGGUGGAAUUUAUAAAUCGAUAUUCGCCUCACUUUAUUUUUCACACUUUCUUUUGAGCAGUUUAAAAAGUAUACCUGUAUGUAAACAUUGUAUAAUGAUAUGGAAUAAAAUGCACAUUUUAGGACAUUUUUUAAAUUUUACUCUACUGUGAUUUGUUUUUCAUCAUAUUAGUUACCUGUCUGUGUAUUGCUGUGUAAAAUAUGCACACGUGUGCUGAGUGUCAUUGAGAUGCAUCAUUACCACAUUGGCUUUCAGUUUCUCCUUUGCUAUCAGGUUAAUGUAUAAAAGCAUAAAAAUGCAAAGAAAUGCAGUGGUUUGGACUUACAUGGACCUGCAGCUGCUUAAAAGGGCCACUUGAGAACUGUACUGCAGGAACCUAUCCCUGUCACUUGACUGUAUUCACAGAUGGGUGCAGACAGCAACCACCACUCAAAGGAAGACAAGAAAUUACUACUUGCUGAUCAAAACUGUUUUCAGUAGAAACACUGUAUGACUUCUAUAAGCUUCUGUGGGAAGUGAGCCCUAACAGCUGUGUUUGAAAUGCUACUAUGUACUUGUACAUCUUAACUGUUAAUAUGUGUUAAUUUACUUUGACAAUGGUGAUAAACUUGUCAAAAUGAUGUGCCAA